AUGACUUUACUCAAAGCGUACCUUGUUAGUGCCCCAUCCGGCCCACCAGUGGUCCGAUGCCAGUUACGCAAACACAAGCCAAACAGGAAACCUCGAACACCGUUUACAACGCAGCAGCUCCUCGCCCUAGAGAAGAAGUUUCGUGAUAAGCAGUAUUUGAGCAUCGCAGAAAGAGCUGAGUUCUCGUCGUCAUUGAGGCUUACGGAAACACAGGUGAAAAUAUGGUUCCAAAAUCGUCGAGCAAAGGCGAAAAGACUACAAGAAGCUGAAAUAGAGAAACUUCGGCUUUCUGCACGGCCACUUCUACCCCCAUCCUUCGCGCUAUUUGGCGGCGGAGGAGCCCCACCGCUGUUUGCAGCCAUGGCCGCUGCCUCAAGACCCCAACUGAGCUUCCUCGGAGGCCCUCCAAGCCAUCAGCAUGCGAUAAACAUGAAUAUAUUAAACUCUUUACAGCCACAUUGA